UCCUCGGUUAGCUUAACCGGAGUUGGCUUGAAACCGGCCCUUAAGAGUAAAAUUUUCCUCGAAAAGGACGUUUUUGAAUGCAACCCUAGAGUGUAAUUUUGAAAAUGGCGAAGGACGAUGUCGACGAACCUAUGGAGAUGGAGAUUUUGCCAUCUACAAGCAACAAUGAUAUGAAAAUGAAGGAAAAAGAUAAAUCACCUAGUUUACCAUGGAUUGAGAAAUAUCGGCCACAAGUAUUUGCAGAUAUUGUUGGUAACGAGGAUACUGUAUCUAGAUUAUCUGUAUUUGCUCAGCAUGGGAAUACUCCAAAUAUUAUUAUCGCUGGCCCACCAGGAGUUGGUAAAACAACUACAAUUUUAUGUCUGGCGCGUAUUCUACUUGGACCAGCAUUUAAAGAAGCUGUGCUCGAACUGAACGCAUCCAAUGAGAGAGGAAUAGAUGUAGUUAGAAAUAAAAUAAAAAUGUUUGCUCAAAAGAAGGUAAAUCUUCCAAAAGGAAAGCAUAAAAUUAUUAUCUUAGAUGAAGCUGAUAGCAUGACUGAUGGUGCACAGCAAGCAUUACGUCGUACAAUGGAGAUUUACAGUCAUACUACCAGGUUUGCUCUUGCAUGCAACAAUACAGAAGAGAUUAUAGAACCUAUACAAUCACGCUGUGCUAUGCUGAGAUAUGGAAAGUUAACAGAUGCCCAAGUUUUGGCAAAAGUUCUUGAAGUAUGUCAGAAAGAAAAUGUUUCCUACACAGAUGAUGGUAUGGAAGCGAUAGUAUUUACAGCCCAAGGAGAUAUGAGACAAGCCUUGAACAAUCUACAGUCAACACAUAAUGGAUUCAAUCAUGUAAACGGUGAGAAUGUAUUCAAAGUCUGCGACGAACCUCAUCCCUUAAUCGUUAAAGAAAUGUUGGAUGAUUGUAUAAAAGGAGAUGUUUCUAAAGCAUGCACGGUGAUGGAUCAUUUCUGGAAAAUGGGAUAUUCUGCAGAGGAUAUAAUCAGUAAUGUAUUCAAAGUUUGUAAGAAUCAUACUAUGGAUGAAAAACUAAAAUUGAUAUUUGUUAAAGAAAUUGGAAUAACACACAUGGGUGUGGUGGAAGGUAUUAACAGUUUGUUGCAGCUGCACGCCUUAGUGGCACGACUUUGCCGAGCGUGUAUGUCGAAAUGAUUCUUAAUGAUGAGACGAUUUGAUUUUGUUUUUUAAAUAUAUUUAUAUAUUUGUAUUUGACUCGUGUUAUUUUUGAUCAAACUUGAAAGUACUUCAUCGUAAUAAUUUUCUUAGAAAUUUUGUAUUUUAUUCAUGAUAUCUGUAUAAAGCAUUACAUACAGUACAGACUGUAAAUCUAUAUUUAAUCUCGGUAUUGUACGUUAUAUUUUUAAUGUGCGUCUCGCCAGAUACAUCGUUGUAUAAAUAACGACAGGACUAGCAAUUUAAAAAAAAAAAGAGAAAAACAAGAACUUAUGUUCUCAUUAGCUUAUU